AUGGCUGGCCACACCUACCGUACCCCGCGCGUGUACUCCGUGUCCACCACCCGUGCAACCACACCCAUCUCUUGGUGUUUUCAGAUCGAGGCCUGCAAGGGCCUGAGCCAACGAGCCCCAAGCGCAACAGAAGGCUGCUGGAACGUCGGAUAG